UGGGAUCAUUAAAAAAGUGGAUAUAGAAGUGGACACCCAGAGACACAGAGAGGCCUAAGCAAGGAGAAAAAAAAACAGCGCGCGCCCCUAGCGGGAAUGUCAAGUGCUAGGCCCGGGUCAGUGCUGCAGGUUGAAAGAACUCUAACGCUGGAAUCACAUGAAAGCACGAUCGGCCCAGCAUUUGGUUGGUUUAUGAUGGUGCGCUCAUGUUUAAAUGUUGAAAUUACACCGUGCAAACACAACAUAAAACCGUAAGUAGGAUGGGAUGGGAGGAACGAAGGAAGGAAGGGUGUGAAGUGUCGAGGGGGUGAAAAGCAAAACAAAACUGCAUGCAAUGUGUUGCUGCAACAACCUAGUGCCUGGCGGAGAAGGAAACGAGCCCGGACGAAUACAGAUCAGAACACGCAUGUAAUGCAAUACUCGGCGGGCUCGAUGAAAUGAUCGCACAAAAGCGAGAGAGCAAGAAGAACUAAGCGAAAACAAAACGUAAUAAAGAAAGUGUAUGAAGGGGAGAGGGGGGGGGGGAGAGAAAAAAUUUGAUGAUCGUGAUGUAAAUAACACGAUGAAGCAGAACGGAUCGGAAGGAAAAGAUAAGAACGGCAUAAGAACGGCAAAUGAAAAGAAAAGAAAAGCAAGAGAGAGAGAGAGAGAGAGCGAAAAAAGCACGAUGAGUUGCGAAAGAAGACGAAAGAAAAAGCUCGAAACAGGGAAAAGAAAAACGGAAACAAAGGAAAAGAAAAUGAAAUAAGAGGGUAAAAAGCAAAGAGAGAGAGAGAGAGUGCGAAAAGCAAACGAAACUGGGAGAAAGAGUGAGUGAAACAGGAGGAAACCAAACACCCACCGCCGCUGAACCUCCAACAAAUGCUCUCCACACCUCCCCCCCCUCACCCCCGCCCAUUACACAAGGCAGACGACGUAAGAUCCGACUCCGACCGAGGGCUCAACACCGUUUGGAUGGACCUCAGGGUAGCUGUAGGGCCACCGUGAGGGUGAGGAACUUAAAAACACGGAGCACCGAACGCACCAAAGCCAACAUAACAGCCACUUGCGCACACACAGCCGCGAAGCGUAUUGUUUUUAGCAGACGCAGAAGAAAAUGCCCGUGUGUGUGUGUGUGGGGGAUUGAGCUGUGUGCUUGGACUAUUUUACAGCCCAGGGGUUGGACCCGUCAGUUUCGAAUCAACACUGUGCCGAGACGGUUCACCAAGACGCACCGUCGUCGAUCUCUGUUGCGUUGUUGAAGUGUUGGCGCGUUGUUUCGCUCUGUUGGUGGUGCGCGUGUGAACGAUCAGUUUGGGUGGGAAAUCUAAGUGACCGGCAUCUCUGUGUGUGUGUGGCUCAGGUUAAAGAAGAUCGACUGAAGUUUUGGAACAAGUGAAAAGAAAUGUGUUCAAGUGUUCGUAAAGCAGUGAUACAAAUCAAACAUCAAACAUCAUCCAAAAAAUCCUUCGUCUAAAGCAGAUUUAACUGCGGACAAAAAAGAGUCGCGCCGUUGCAGCUCGGAAGACCAAAGAAGAUAAGAGCCCAAAGUGUGGUUCAUGGGAUGGCUGGGAUGUAGCGAGCAGGAUGGAAACGAUCAAAAGUCUACUGCUACAAACGUCACCGGUUGGCACCGGUCCCACUAUCGCCACGGAUCCGGAUUAUGCCGUACCACACCGUAAGGCCAUGCAUCCGGAUCCUUUCGGAAGUCCGGCCCGCGUAGUCCACGGACCACUGCUGUCUCCAAUCACACCGACAGUUACCAAUCUUUGCGAGCCGGAUGAUGUGCCCAGCCAGACUGUGAUAGAGACGACACACCAGGAAGAAUUGACGAUGACGCGUACCGCGGGUGGUACAGCAGAUUUCAUCCAUCCCAAGCUGUCGAAACUAAAGCAACCGCCGGUCAUUGUGGGGGUUGCCGUGAAGCGAAGCCUGCGUAAGUCUCCGGAAGUAAUAAUGACGAACAGUACCACGACGGCAUCGGUUACGAAAGCGACGACACAGAAAUCUAGCACGCUAGAGCAAUGGCAUAAGGACAUUUUCGAGGUACCGUCCACCACGCUGCCUGCGCCUUUGCAGUACGAUGAUCUGAUAGUGGACAAGCUCGAGGAAACGUCUGUACCGCACAGUGUUGAUGGUGCGAACAGUAAGACAAACAGUGAUAUAAAAUCCUUGGAAAUUAGUCAUCGAGAGGAAAGUGAUUCGGUGUCGAGUGUGGUGCGUGGUCAGGAUAGCGGUCAGCAGGGCAAUGAUAAUGAUUUGAUCGAUUUGAUCGAUUUUAGCAGCGAUCAGGAGGAAGCUGCGGCUGAGCCCAACACAGUCGUAGUGCAAGAAACUUUUCUCGAGAUAAAAAGCGGACCUGGUACGGGUCGUGUGAAGAAGGUGACAUUUCUGCUAGAUGAUGAUCCAUCCCGGAAUUACGAUAGCGAUAACGAUUCCGACACUGUUGUGAAGGAUCCUCAUGGUGAGCGAGAAGGUCUGCUCGAUAGCGAAGUUUCGGACGAGGAGGAAGACACCGCGGACCGGGAUGAUGGAGAUGCGCUGAAUAUCGAUACCGAGAGCUUUGCCGAACGGAGGCGGGUAUCUGUCGAUGAAAGUGAUCCUACUAGCGUCAGCGGCAGAAAGGUAACGCCAAAGCACCAUCCACCCUACCAUCUUCGUAAUGAAAUAUCAACAGAGACUAGGCAAACAGAUGACAGUGUUUUCCGUGGAGCGAGCGAUACGUACGGAAGGGAACGGUCCGAUGUCAGGGCGAGUGCGGCCGGGAGUAGUCACGUUGACAGCGAAGCUGAUGGAAGAUGGAGUCCCCAACGGAUACGGGAGCAAACGGACGGUGGUGGAGCGUCGACGGGCGGACGGUUGGAAACGGAAAUGGUUCAGCGCGCAUGCUCCUCUCCAUUACAUGCCGAGAGUGAGAGUCAUCGUCAGCGGCAUCAUCGUGAGGAGACUGCCGCCGUCGCUACCAUCUGUCCAGCAGCCGUGUCAGCAAAUUCCGAUGGUGGAGCAGUCACGCGGAGAAUCGACGAAACUCUCGCGUGCACUUUCCGGCCGUCGGGAGGCCAGGCGACGGUGGGCCAACGUGCGGAUGUUUGUCCACCGAACGCAUGCGCCGGAACCGAAUCGAUCAACGGCGAACGGCGAAGGAAACACCAACACCAACACCACAGCAGCAGCUCAGUGAAACACGACCCUCACGACGUUGGACCGAGUGUCAAAGGACGGCACCAACCAGCAUCGCUGCUUGCGUGCGAUGAUGGUGGUGUUGGUGGUAGUAGUGAGGAGCAAUCGGUAGUAGCGCUGAGUAAUGUGAAGCUUUCGUCGGCACCGAUCGAUGAACGGCACCAGCACGCUGGUAGUGACAUUGAGGUUUGUUGCAUCGAUGGACGUGAUUUGCAGGGCCACGAGCAAGACAUUCGUGAAGCGCAGGGUGUACAGCGUGAAGCGACAACAUCAGCGAACGGUCGACAGUGUACCGCGUUGGAUGGACGACUUCCUGCUCCUGCUACUGGUGAGCGUGAGAGAAUCGACGAACGAUGGUACGUCGAUGACGGCGAGCAACAACAGCGACCAGCAAAUGGCACCACUGGCGAGCGUGGUAGUCUGUUACGAGGAUUAGAGUGCGUCAGUACCAGCAGCUUACCGACGGCUGUUGGUCCUAACGGUGAGGACGAAGCAGGGAAGGGACGCAGGUGCCCCAAAGGCCUAGGGCAGCAGCUACAGCUGACCCCAAACGGUACCGUCGCGCGUACGGUGCAAACCUGCCCGACUGAGUGUGAGGAAAAAUCGACCCAGGUGUCAGCGAAGGGUGGCCACACGCGAACAGUGGGACCGUUAUCCUCGGACAGUGAGAGUGAAAAUUAUUACGGCACCUGCUCGCCACCGACAGUCGAGCGGCCGUGCGCGAACCAUCGCAGCUAUCAUCCGGAAGGGAGGGAGUGUCCUUCCUGCACGCAGAGCAACGCUCCAGCCUCACCAUCGGUCCUGGUGGAGGUAACGCUCAGUGCGCACAUCUGCGUUCAUCAGCAGCAGCAGCAGCAGCAGACUCCCUUCUCCUACCGUGGCACAAGUAAUUCCUGCCACUGCAGUGACGGUGGUUCGCGAGUGCUUCGGGACAGUGCAACCAACACCCAGGAGUCUCGCGAGGGGGACGACUCGGACGGGUCUGGUUCGGUUGGGUCGGAAACGGGCGGAGUCCGGGCGGAGGGCAUACAAUCGCGCACGGGACAUCGUAACAAUCCGUCUAGUGCGGACAGUGGUAUUAUUAUUAUCGACGAUGACGUCGAUGGUGCAACGGUUGAUGACGGGAGCUUUCCGUGUCAGCAGCAGCAGCAGCAGCCACGUUCAGUCGACGACGACGAACCGUGUGGCGUGAACGUUGCGAAAGGUCCUGCCGAGCGAAGGGACCAGCAUCAGCAUACACAAACGGGACCGUUCGAUGUGAACUUUAUUGACAGUGCAAUCCGUCCCCAAGGAUUACCGGACGACCACCGCUUUGCCGUGCCGUCGAGUUCCACCAGGCAGGAAGUGCUUGAAGGUGCGAGUGUUAGUGAGCGCGUGCACAUUGAGUGUCCCACUACAGCUUCCGUGCCGUUGGAAGGAAUCCUUGCGCAGGACAGUGGAGAGCAAGCUGAAGACAGUGAGGUGAACGAAAAUUCUAGUGGAGCUGGUGGUGGAGUUGAGUGUUUCGAGGCGAGCCAACGCUUGAAGCGUCUCGAGGAACGUUUCCGUGGGUUUGCCUACACGAAAAAGUACUUCCGUGAGUCGUUUUCUCAUGACCUAUCGGGGCGCGUUGCCAGAGAUUCGCAAAAGUACGGUGGAGGUGCACAGUCGGUUGGGGGAUCCUUGCCCUCGUUGCUAGUGUGCGCAGGCCAUCCUGACGCUCGUUCACCGUCGACGGACUAUGCCAACACCAAUACAUUUGCAGCAGGUUCUCCACCGUCCGCGGAAGAUGAUGCGAGAGGCUACGGUGGUAGCGAUGCGAACGUGACGCUUCUGCGUUCACCAACACAACGCAACCGGAGAGGAUUAUUGUCGUCCGUGUCGACGUCGUCAUUGGGAUCAUCAUCAUUAUCGUCAUCGGCACGGGGUUUUGGAGUAGCAGCAUCAGCAUCCACAGCAUCCCCAGCAUCCGAAAGCAGUGUGCGAAAGCCUGCCAGAAAUAGCCGCGACACUAGUGCGCUGCUAGCGUCUAGGAAAACAUCCUCGCUCAAUUGUUUACAGCAGGACGCAACACGGGACGAGGACGAUACGGAGAGUUAUCUGCUGAGCAACAGAAAAACACCCAACAGUAAUCGGUCUUCGGGUGGCUCCUUCCAACCAACACCUUCGCUCAACCGUACGUCGCGCUCGUCCUGGACGAGACCGAUUCUGCCUCCGCUGUCCUCAUCGUUGCUAUCGCUUUCGGCGUCAUCGUUGCUUUCGCUAUCCUGCCUAGAUCUCGAGCGUCAGAAUAGACAAAGGGCGGCUGCUAGCCAAGCAUCAGCGAAGCACCAGGAAACGGAGAUUGUCGCCGAGGGCACACGGCAAGAUAAGAACAAUAACGGCCCGGCGGAAGAGAACGGAUUGUCGAAAGCGGUCUCGCUGCCCUCGUUACUUACGCCGGUUGUGCAUCAGGACUGUAGCGGCGAGUAUCUCGAAGUUGUACCCGAUAAAGCAAGCGAACAACGGGGCUCAUUCCGUACCGCCCAAACUGUCGGACACGAAAACCAGAACCUGCUACGGUACCAGCGGCAACCACGAGCCGUUGAGGAACUGCGACGCAACACCGACACACCGGAGAGUAGUGGUGCCGAGUCGGAAGAGAUCUGUAAAAUCUUUCCCGGUGGAAAAGCACGCAUUGGUGAUCCGCUCGAGGUGGUAGAGACGGUCGUUGUUGGUGGAUCGACUGAGGAAGAGGACAACGACGAGGAAGAGGACGAAGAGGAGGAAGACGCAUCCUCGGACCAGAUUGUACUCGGUGCCGUUGGUGAGGACAUUCUCAACAACAAUCACAACGGUUAUCUGGGAGGCGGCGAAGGUGACGACGGUGCCCAGCAGGAGGACGAGUUUGUGCAGCUCGAGAAGCUGCUCGCGGCCGACCCGCACACUAACUGCGAGUUCGACACGCGCCAUCUGCAGGACUACGAACCGGAAGUGUACAGGAUUAAGUACUGCUACGAUGAGCUCGAGGAAGAGCUAGAGGAGCAGCAAGAGCAGGAGGCAGCCAACGAUCUGUUGGUGGUGUUGCGUGGAACUUCCCGGCCACGGAUUCCUCCACCGGCCGUGCCACCGCCACCCCCACCUCCACCGAAAGGGGUACGAGUGUCUGUGGGUGAUAAGGGUAGUGCUAUCUAUUCGUGUCCGCGAAUCAGUGCCACAGUGUCGGGUGGGCAAGAUAUUCGUGGUGUGGUGGAUGCUAGUGCGAAGGAAGAAGCUUUGUCAGGCUGCGGUGCAGUGUUGCCAGAGUCGGCCAAAAUCGCUGACAGCGAGCGAAAGAGUGCAAUAAAACAAACCACACACCCGAGCGGUGGUGUGGUGGUGGCUUUGGGAGCAAAGUACAAGUGUACUACCGGGGGUAGUGGUAGUAGUGGUGCAAGUGGUGGCAGUAGCAUCACUACGGGUGAAGUGAGUGAUCGUGAUAUACCACCUCCACCGCCACCACCGAAAGCACGCCCCGGAGCGCGUGGCUACGACGGUUGUGGGUGUGUGAUCGAGGCGAUUCCAUUGUACCGCAGUGAGGCGGAAGCGUUUGCCACAGGUGACACGAUGCGCGAGACGGCGACCGGGACCCUGCGGGGUCUGCUGAAGAAGCCGAAUCGGCCACCGCCGGUACGCAAGAACCGGGUGGUGUUCGACGAAACGCGAAACGAGUUCUUCGAGGCGGACUACAUCAUACUGAUACGGGAGGAUUGCCCGUACGACGAGGAGGACGAGGAACCAUGCACCUGCGGUGAACACGAGCUCGUUCGAAUAUGUUGUGACGAAGGCUGUAACUGUGGCUACACGGACGAUGGGCGUACGCCACCGAGUCCGAAGUUUGCUCCCCCGAUCGAGUUUGUCGACCAGGCCACGCUGAGCCCCCCGGAGGGUUACAAAGACGGCAGUGGGCUGCUUGACAAUGCACUCGGCGGAGCACUCGGUGGGCAUGUCUUCGGUGCACAACAUAUUCAGCAGCUCCAGGUUAUCCAGCGGCUACAGCAGCAACGGGCUGCCAUGUUGGCAGCCAGAGCUGCUGCUGGCCAGCAGGGACAACAAACGGGCACCGCAGGCCAAGGCCAGGCUGGUUCCCAAACCGUCUCCACUAGUCAACAACAGCAGCAGCAGCAGCAGCAACAGCAGCAGCAGCAGCAGCAACAGCAACAGCAACAGCAGCAAGCCCAACAAACCGCUGUAUGUACAGAAUGCGCAGAAUGUGCGGAAUGUGCGGCGAAGCAGAUGCAUGACGAAGAAUGUGACUCCCAAUGUUCGGAUGACAUUUCGCCAAUGCUGGAAGCACCGCUACCACCUCACGCGACCCUGCCCAUCGCUCUGGUACCCCUGACCAAGUCAUCGCCAGAGCGACGCGUCACGCAGAAGGAAAUCAUUGCCGGCGAGGAAAGGCCCAAGUUCCUUACCAUCAAACAGGUGCAGGAUUCCGGUUCACAAGACGGUGACGGUAAGGCGGGUGAUGGUGACGGUACGACGGUAUCCCAAACGCCCCAGCGCUACAUCGUAGAAACCAUUACGAUGACCACGGUGACCGAGCGACGGAUCGUACAGAAGGAGGGAGAUCCUUCCAAGCGGCCCGAACCUACAACGCUGGCCGAGGUUUCGACGGUGGCCACCCCGACAGUUAUGCCUUCCUUAUCCACCACGCUUUCACCUAUCGUUCCAGCAGGCAACGAAGGUGGUUCGACGGCGGUACCGACCGUUGCCGGCAGUGCUGCCACUACGCAAUCCUCCCUAGCAGCUAGCCAUGACUACCGAUUGCUUCAGCAACAGCAGCAGCAGCAGCAGCAACAGGCCCAGAAGGGAAUACGGCCGACUGGUGGGGAAGGAAGUGCCUCGCAGCAGCAGACCGGGGCGGGUCAGUUCGAGCCGGCCAAACAUAAGCCCUUAAGUACGGCCCAGGCGAUAAGUGGUAUCCUCAAGGGAGGCAAGCUGUGGAAAAAUGAACAGCAGCAGCACCACCAGCACCAUGCUCAACAGCAGCAGCACGCCCAACAUCAGCAACAGCAGCAGCAGCAUCAAGCACACCAGCAGCAACAGCAGUCAACCGUUCAGAACGAUGACUCCACGGCUGUAACUUCGGACGAGGAAACGAGCUCGAAACGUUCGGUGCGCUUCAACGAAGAGUCCACGAUCCGAGAGGCAUGCUGCGACGGUGAGGUGCAGUCCGGGUUGGGCGAAGGUGAAAUGGGUACCUGUCGCGCCAUCAACUACAUGUCCGACACACUCAAGCGCCAUUCGUCCGGACUGUUCCACAACGCGCUACGGCCCAAUUCUGCCGUACGACAGCUCUUCCCGAGUAGCGCCAUUCAACCGCUCUUGACGACGGCCAUAUCCGGGCCAGGUCCCACAACACCAAGCACGUCCGUAUCUUCGUCCGGUACGGCUACAUGCGCUGCUGCAAACGCUCAAACAACGACGACAAACGUGGUCAGUGGUAUCGGGGUGUGUCCUGCUGCGAUGAGCACGGGACACGCGACCGUACUGACGCAGGAAGCACUGAAAGCGUUCGACGAUUCAAAGAAGACCUCCGCGUUGCCGCCGGGCUUGGUUCACCAGCACAGUCUUACAAGCAAUUCGGGCAGCAUGAGCAACAUACCGAACAGUGCGGCGGCAGCUCUAGCGCUUUCGGCUACGGCUGGUACCGUAGUGACUGGAAGUCCUGGAGAAACCGACACCAUUCGACGUUCGAUCGAACGAAAUGCGUUGCGAAGAUCGCUGAUCAAGUAUGAGCCAAAGAAAAAGAUCCCGGUGAAGGAUGUGACAUCGCUGGAGGAACGCAUCCGACAGCUCACCUGCGACAUCGAUGAUCCGAUCGAUGAGACGGGAGGUGGCGAGGGAAGCGACCAAGCAGGCGACGGUGAUCUGAGUGAGAUGGAACGUCGGGACAGUCCAGCUGGGGAGGAAAACCCGCAGCAGCCGAAAUACAUACCGGACAAAAGCUUUUCGCCCAGUUCGUCCGCUUCGAGCUCUUCGAGCGGUUCAAACGGUUCGACGUACAAGAAGAUCACCGAUCUGUUCCAUCGUGAUCGACGGCAGGAGAAAAUCCCGGAAGCGGACGAAAACCCGAUCGUGAUCAUACCGCAGGACUGCCGUUGCCCGGCGGGUCCGGACAUUGGAAUGGGUGUUCAAAUUCAGGGUGCACACACGCAGAUUCAUCAGCCUCCACAGCAGCGGCACGUGGAUUCGCGCCGUCAAUUCCUUUCGACGCUGGCUCCGCUCACCGCUUGUGUGGCUGGACAGCGAGAUGACCUGUCGUACUACACGCUCGCACAUCCGGGCGAUCGAACUUCGAUGGCAAGUUCGCAGAGCACGGAGUAUAGUAUUGGAGAUAUUGACGCCGCGCUGCACGAUGACGAUGGUAAGAAGGUAGCGCCGGAUGUGAUUGCUGGCACACCUGGACAAGAGUCGGACGAGUUGGCCGCAUUCGUUCAGCAGGAAGGUGCGCGUACGGAACGGCUGAAGAAGCGGUACAGUGCAGAGACGUCAACAUCAGCGCCAGCUUCAGGCGCCGGUUCGGAUGACGACGAGCAGAAUGAUUAUGGCUUCAACUCCAGACCCUCCGUGCGUGGAAUUAAGCCACGAUUUGGGUCGACCAACGAAAUUCUGCAACAGAUGCAAGCACAACUCGCAGCACCAACACCUCCGCAGACCAAGUCUCAGGCAACUACAACUCCCGCACAAACGCAACCGAUCCAAUCGAACACGUUGCCCCGGCCAAGUAUGCAUGUGGCGGCAGCGAAGCAACAAAUCACCACCCAUCAGCACACGGCCUCCUGGAGCUACUACCCAGCGGUGGAUCCAGCGACACAGGCGAAGGGUGUCGCCCAUCAACCUCAACCACCUGCGGCUGGUAGUGUGCAGCAAACUGCCGGCACUGCAGUGGCUCCUGCCGGUCAAACCAACAUGCUGGCCGCCGUUGAUCCGCACGGGAACUACUAUCACAUACCGGUGCAGACACGCCACAGCUACCAUGGGCAGGAAGCCAUCUAUCAGAACUGCGCCAACCUGCCGCUCGGUGUGCAGGCCAGUGCAGUUCAGGUGCAGUCGCACCAGAUACACACGCAACACCAGGCCGUACACACGGCCCAUCACAUCCACCAAAUGACUGAUACGGCUACGUACGGCAAGUUCGCCCGUAGUCCAACGCGCCGACCCGAAUCACCACCACCGUUGCGCAACUACCACCAGACGAUGGUGCUGAUCCCGUACAAUGCCGAAACGUACCAUCGGUACACGGCCCAGGAGCAGGAGAACUAUCGCCGGCAGCACAACAUCGUCGAGUACCAGCAGGUAACGCAGCAAACGAUUCGCGUCCCGGUCGGCUAUCCACUGCCCGGUAUGCAACUGCACGUCGUAGCGGCCGGAGCACGGGCAGGUCUUCCACCACACUAUUCCACGCUGCCCCGGCUAGGCACCAACACGGCUCCCGUUAACGCAGCCACGGGGACGGGACCCACGUCACAGACGGCGCCACCACCUCCACCCCAGGGUAAACCACCGGCCUACUCACAGUAUCCGUCCGAUGGCAAACCGGGCGUCAAGUUCACCGAGCGAGGUGCACCUGAAGGAGCGGCCAGCGUACAACCGUCCGAUGCGAGCCAGCUCCUCUCACCGACCGGCCAGGGUCACGGUCCACCGGGAAUGCCAUCGAGUAUGGCCAGCUCCGCAACGACUACUGCCGGAACUACGUCUGCAGCGGUAUCGUCAGGUGGUGGUCAGGGCACUGGUGGAGCAGUGUCUAGCCAGGCUGGUGGAAACAUGCCGAACGCGUCCCAGCAAACCCAGGGUGCUGUGUUUUAUGCCAUGAACGUUUGACAGGGCGAUUAGAUAAAGCUGACAAUACGACUCGAGCGGGAGACGGAAUUGGGUGGCAGUGCGGGCAUGCUGCAGCAGCCGGAACAGGAAACGACUGACGGGACGACCGACCAGGUGGCGAACCCAGUGGCCAGCUAUCACUCGACUGGAGCUGCGCUGUAACGGGGAGGAUGGGGGCCGAUCAUCAUCAACAACACCAUACAACGACAUUAAGACUCAGUAAGAGUGGAUGGUUGGGGCCUAUAAAUAGGUGUGUACGUCCAAUAUCAGCUAAAGUUGUAGGAUGCUAUCAGAACUUGCCCUGCGAGAGCGUUCGACGUCUCACGCGCAAAGCGAAUGUGUGUACAUACGGGGGGAUGAGUUGGUAUUUAUCGUGCGUUUUUGUGUUCGUGACAUCUGUUCCAUUUCUAUUUCUGCUGUAUGGAAUCGUUCAUCUAACCGGCUGACGGAACGUGUAAAGUAGUUCGCGGUGGUGAAGUGAUGCGAUGCUUCGGUUUGGAUUCGGUUUCAUACUUUCAUACUGUAUAGCUAGGCUACGGAUCGUUGGAAUGAGGAUCAUGUACGUGAGGUCACACACUUCCACACCAUCCAGACGACAUGCCCAAUUCGCGCUCUAUUGGCCGCAUCUUGAUUGAUUCGUUCGUUAGCCACUUAAUCGAUCACUACCUAGAUCACUACUAUCUGUUGAGAUGAUCACACUCAUCGUCGCUCUCUCGGUGUGUGUGCGUGUGUAAAACUAACGAUUAUUGUUGCGAUGUGAGGUAACACUGACCUCUCAUCACCCAUACUCGCAGACAUGGUAGAGCUGCUUAUCCUGCUAGACACAUCCUGAUCCGCUGUGUGAAUGUACCCUGAACACGUUUUAAGCACGAUCCGAUCAUAGUAGAUAGACGGCGAGCGCUGGAGUAAUGAAAGCAACGGGCAGCUUUACACGCUUGGAUUGAAUGCUCAACUGACUGUUUGAUGGUUUUGUGAACGAACGAGAUCCAGAUGAAGGUUUGUAGUACUGUGUACAUAGGAGAGGAAAGUACUAGAUUGAGUGUGUACUAACCAUGUCAUCUUUCAAAGUUUGGGACAGUUUUGGGCAGUUGUUUAGGUAAUGAUGGAAAGGAAGACAGAAACACUAUUCAAAGCUCAAAUUUAUAGCACUGCUGCAGAUGGAAGUGAGUGAGAGCAUAAUAGCGGAUCAUCCAUUACAACCCAUUCACUGGUUAGGGAGAUAGGCUGAAGGAUAAGGAUAAUGGCGUUUGCAAUAUUCGGCAGAAAGGAAUGAGUAAUGGAACCUCUUUAAUUAUUUAACUAGUGCCAAAGGAUGCAUAGACCAACCACUUUUUGAUUUUAAUUUAAUUUUUUUAUACGCUAACUUUUAGUUUUCUAUGAAAGGAUGUCCUAAUAUAUUUUUUAACUAGCUCUAAAUCACUUAUAUAUGCACACAAUGUAUACACAAACACACUCGUGAAAGAUCGAGUUGAAGAGUAAGUAUUGUUAAAUUGCACCAAAGAUGCUCUAUCCAAAACACACACACACGCGUAUUCUUAGUAGAAGAGAUUUUGAACUUAAACUUCAACUAUCGACACCCUCACAUUUGCACCAGCUUUCCCGUCCGUAGUACCCAGCACACAAAAGGUCACGCUUUACUGUUCAGGCGGACACUGGACUGAACGAAAAAUCACAAAAGUCUUCGUUUUUUCCCCGUUUUGUUUUUGCCUACUUCGAACUUUUAAAUGUGGGACAUUAGUUUUUAAGGGUUUAUAUAUACAUAUUGCCUUUCCUUUUGUUGUUGUUGUUGCCCCCAAACUGUUUUGUGUUGGCUAAUGUGUAGCGCAAAUAUGCACUUGGUAAAGCGAGAAGGAUUAAGCAUGAGGUUAGGAGCCGAGCCGAGAGCGUUCAAAAGGGAAGUGAAACGAAAAUGCAAAUAAUUCAUCACGUAUGCAUCAUUCAAUCGCAACAAACACAUAUAAUCCAAACGGCAGGUGGAAUUAAAUAGGAUAAUAAGAUAGAGCGUUUAUAAAUCGCACAAAAGAGAAACAACAAGGGCUAGAACAAUGUAAAACACAGAAAAAAGAACAAAUAAAUGUAGAGUAACAAGAGAGAAGGAAACAAGUGAGCAAACGGAGCUAGAAGGCAGAGUAGAACAGAGAACUACGCAAAAUAGUGUAAAGCAAACACAAAGACACAUAAUAGAAUUUGCAAAACCAUGUAGAGUGUAGUUGUACUUAGUGAACAGAUUUUUGUGUCUGUGUGUGUGUGCGUGUGCGUAAAACAUAAAGAAAAAUGUAGCAUUCAAGCAAGCGCCAGUAGUAAAAAAGGAAAUGCAAGGAAGAUAGAAUAUACAGAAGGACACAAGAGAAGGAGAAAACAAAACCCAAUAGCUUUAGUUCAGAAGGUUAGUAAUAAACACACACGAUAGAGAAACGUAUCGAAGGUUCAACAGAGAAGUGAAGGGAGAAGAACAACAACAAAAACAUUGGCAGAGACAAUUAUGACCCUCUCGUUCAUUAGUGUGUGCGUGUGUGAUAGAUACAGUAAAAGAGUGGUUAAAAGAAUGAUUGAGAUGCAAGUAGAACAGCAAAUAGUGUAGCGUAAACCAAAAACAAAAACAAAUAUAACAACCAGAAACCAAUGCUGAAACAUUUGCAAAUGCAAAUACAUAACCAUCUCUUACCCAAGGUAUAUAUAGACAUACACACACACACUCACUCAGAACAAGCAAACGAGCAAACAACAUAUAUAACAACACAAGUAUAUAUAUAUGAAAGAAUAUAAAUAUAUAUAUUUAAACAAAAAAGUAUUGCAUUCAGGCAUUAGCUGGGUUAGUAGUUGCGAUGCGAUGAAAGCAGAAAGCAGAACAAAAGGCCUCAACAAAAGCAAAAGAAAACGUUUAAGAAGAAGAAAACAAAAACUAAGACACAGAUAAGAGAAAGAACAGAUUGGGUAAAACGAAUCGAUCAAAUAGAAGUGUGCGAAGCGAAAGUAAGAAAACCAAAGGAAAGUAAUGAAAAGAGAAAAGAAAAGAAAAAGAAAGAGAACAAAUAGUUGAUAGUGAGCAAGCGAGAGGUUUUGAAUUUUGAAUUCAAACACGAGCUAUAAGAACGUUUUAAGAAUGUGUUUCCGAAUGUGCCGGAGACGUACACAUUACAUUCCCCGUUGAUUGUUAAAGAAAGCAGAGCAAAACAAAACAAAAGAUGCUGUGUAAAGAACUGUCAAAUGUGUUUUUGGUUGGAACUUUGGAAAUUUAGAUUAAAAAAAAGAGGAACGAGAGAGAGAGAGAGAGAGAGAGAAAGAGAGAGAGAUAACAAACACCUACAGGGACAUGAAGUGUAACAGCUGGGAAAGGGCAAAGUACAUACUUACGGAAACUAUCACUGAGCGAUAAUCGUAGUGGAAGGCAGUUGCUGGCUGGUGUUUGUGAUACGCAUACCAAGGCCAAUGCCGGUCAGGAAGCAAAUUGGAAGGAAAGAAUCGAACAAAAACAGAACACACCGGAAUAAAGAUGCGUUAAUCUUCGGUUGAAAUAAUUGUCACAAAAUA